UUAUUUUCUGCUUCAGAACUGAACAAGGAUUUCUGCUGCUCCUCAUGUCCACGUUCCUCUACUACCCAAAAUCACCUCCACAAUCACAUCAAGAGCUGCAACCAUGAUAAAUAUGAGACUCUGGUGAAGAUUAAGACUGAACAUAAGGAUCUGACGCCCACCAGAAGCUCCAGUAAUCAGCAAACGUCCUCUGGUACUGUCAGCAUUAACACCUCUCUCAGUCCCACACAGGAAGAAGGAAACGUCUGCUCACAGUGUGGGAAGAGCUUCAGUACCCGGGGUGCUCUCAAAAUACACCAGCGCAUUCACACAGGAGAGAAACCGUAUCACUGCUCACAGUGUGGGAAGAGCUUCAGGUUCCCGAGUGAUCUGAAAAGACACCAGCACAUUCACACUGAAGAAAAACCGUAUUCCUGCUCACAAUGUGGGAAGGGUUUUAUUACACAGAGUAAGCUCAAAAUACACCAGCGCAUUCACACUGGAGAGCAACCGUAUCAGUGCUCACAAUGUGGGAAGAGUUUUAAUAGACAGAGUGAUCUUAAAAUACACCAGCGCAUUCACAGUGGAGAGAAACCAUAUCAGUGCUCACAAUGUGGAAAGAGUUUUAAUAGACAGAGUGAGCUCAAAAUACACCAGCGCAUUCACAGUGGAGAGAAACCGUAUCAGUGCUCACAGUGUGGAAAGAGUUUUAAUGGACAGAGUCAUCUGAAAAGACAUCAGCGCGUUCACACUGGAGAGAAACCGUAUCAGUGCUCACAGUGUGGGAAGAGUUUUAUUACACAAAGUAAUCUCAAAACACACCAGCGCGUUCACACUGGAGAGAAACCAUAUCAGUGCUCACAGUGUGGGAAGGGUUUUAAUCAACAGGGUAAUCUCAAAAUACACCAGCGCAUUCACACUGGACGCAUUCACACUGGAGAGAAACCAUAUGACUGCUUAGAGUGUGGGAAGAGUUUUACUACGCAGAGUCAUCUCCAACGACACCAGCACAUUCACACAGGAGAGAAGCCAUAUCACUGCUCAGAGUGUGGGAAGAGUUUUUCUCAUCAGACUACACUCCAACAACACCAGCGUAUUCACACAGGAGAGAAGCCAUAUCACUGCUCAGAGUGUGGAAAGAGUUUUGCUCAACAGGGUACUCUUCAAAAACACCAGCGUAUUCACACAGGACAGAAACCGUAUCACUGCUCGGAGUCUGGAAACAAUUUUGCUGAACAGGGUAACCUUCAAAAACACCAGCGUAUUCACACAGGAGAGAAACCGUAUCACUGCUCAGAGUGUGGAAAGAGUUUUGCUGAACAGGGUAACCUUCAAAAACACCAGCGUAUUCACACAGGAGAGAAACCGUAUCACUGCUCAGAGUGUGGAAAGAGUUUUGCUGAACAGGGUAACCUUCAAAAACACCAGCGUAUUCACACAGGAGAGAAACCGUAUCACUGCUCAGAGUGUGGAAAGAGUUUUGCUCAACAGGGUAAUCUUCAAAAACACCAGCGUAUUCACACAGGAGAGAAACCGUAUCACUGCACAGAGUGUGGAAAGAGUUUUUCUCAACAGGGUACCCUUCAAAAACACCAGCGUAUUCACACAGGAGAGAAACCGUAUAACUGCUCUGAGUGUGGAAAGAGUUUUAUUCAAAGUAGUGCCCUUAAAGUACACCAGCGUGUUCACACAGGAGAGAAACCGUAUAACUGCACUGAGUGUGGAAAAAGUUUUACUCAAAGUGGUGCCCUUAAAGUACACCAGCGUAUUCACACAGGAGAGAAACCGUAUUACUGCUCAGUGUGUGGAAAGAGUUUUGCUCAAGAAAAUAAUCUCAAACAGCAUCAGCGUAUUCACACUGGUGCGUCUUCAGUUGUUCUGCCAACCGCCAUUAAACAU